AUGAACACUUCAAGAACGGGAUCGGAAGAAUUCCAAGACUCCGGUCACGCAUUGAAAGAGCCUAUACAUUUUGAAGAUCUCCCUCUCGAUAUCAUAGAUGAAAUUAUAUACUGGCUAACUGAGGGAGAAGUCAACUUACAUUCCUCUAACAAGACUGUCAAUGACAAGAACAUUCCAAACUAUUCAUUCUGUUUGAAUAAAAUUCGUUGUCAGGGGUUUCACUUUGAGUUGAUCUCCUUAUCGUCAACUUGUUCAUUUUUCAGACAAAGACUCGGUCCCGUUAUCUUUAGGAAUUUGAGCCUAGUACGCGAAAAUCAGAUAGAUUCAGCUUUAUCAUCCCCCAAGAAUAGAGAGUUAUAUUCAGACAAGAAAACCUAUAUAAGACAAUUCUUCAGAGAAUUGUUGGAAGUUAAUGCUAUUAAUUGUUCAACUACAGAUCUUGCCAGGAACAGUUUCAAAGAAUACAUUCGUGGUGAUAAACAGUUUAAGAGUAGAUUUGAAAGUCAAUUUGCGAUCAAUAAUUUUGUGACGUAUUUAGAAUGUGAUAAUUCAACAUUGAAGUAUGAGACUCUCUCACUUUUUCCUCAAUUGGAAGCAUUGAAAGUAUUGGAUGAAGCAUCGGUCGAGCUCAACUUGGGUGAAGUCAACCUACCUCGGUUGGAGUAUCUAGCCAUCAAUGCGAGAACAUUAACAAAUACGCCUGGUAUAUUAGGUAGUUUGAAAAGAAUAAAGAGAUUGGAUUUGCUAUUGGACUAUAGUGAAUUCCGUAAUCAGGAAGCGAUUCGGAGUAUUAUGAAUCAACUCGAACGGGGAAAUAUAUUACAAGAACUCGUAUUGUUCCUCAAUAGUGAAUUUGGAAUCUAUAAUGCUGACACCAUCGGGCUUCUUGCAAGCGUUGUUGAUAAUGGAAAUGUAAAGCGAAUAACCAUAAGGAGUAAGAGGCGAAAGUUCUAUGGCGAUCCAAGGGACAACCAGCGUCCAUGGCCGUUGUAUAAGGGAUUUGUCGGUGAUAGAAUACUACAACUCAUCAGAGGUGUCGAGGAGGUGAUUUUAGACAUGUGCGUUCUUGGUGCCCUACGAUUCCAUCCAGAUACCUACUCCAUAGAAGCUCCCUCGGUGAAUCGUGAUUCAUUGAUGGAAAAGAAAUUAACAUUAGUUGACCCUGUACUGAGUAUCCAAUUUCCCUCCAAUGUUAAAGAGAACAUUCUAAUCUUAAUGCAUAAUUGUCUCUUCACAGAGUUCAAUUUUCAAUAUGGGGAGUCACUUGCAGAUGAACAUCAUCGUGUGUUAAGACUUGUCACCGACUUUGUAUAUAAAAUGUCCUCAUCAUAUGACGAUACUCCAUAUUCUGGUCUACGCCAACUAUCGAUUGAGAAAUGUUGGUCACUUGCUGACGAUUCGAUAAAACGAGAGUAUAUUGGCAAUUUAAUCAAGGAUCUGAAGGAGUCCAAGAAUUUGACAAAGAGAACGAUGCAACAGCUAAGGCUAGAUGACAUAGCUGUAUGGAAUAAAACGCCUUUCAAUUCCCCAAGCUAUCGCGUUCGAGAUACAUAUGAUAUUGUGUAUCAAGAUUUGGAAGCACGAAUAAAUGAACCAGUUCAAGUUAUUACCUUUAUUUCAAGAGAUGAGAGAAGUAUCAAUAGGUCAUUUUGGAGUGUCGAAACUUCAUUGGUCGAUUUUGAGCAGUAUUCCACACAUCAAAGGAAAUCUUUCUUAUGGGACUAG